AACUGAUACAAAAAUGUCUUGGAGAUGGACCAAAACUUAUACGCAAAUUUUUUCAAGUUGGCGAAGAACAUGCACCUUACAUUGUAUUUAUUGAUGAAAUUCAUGUUAUUGGAACUAAAUGGCAGGUUUGCUUGCUCUACGAACGUCGUAUGAAAAUAUUCGCUGAAGAUUUUAGAAAAGCGUGUGAGAAAGUUCUUUAUCGCAAGUCUGAAGGUACACCCGAAGGAUUAUACCUUUAG